AUGCAAUGGAAUUCUGCGAGUGAGAUCGCGACCUACCUGCUCUCAGCCAAUCCAGUUGCUAUUGUGGUCACUUGCCUCGUGGCCUUCUUGCUACCUUUGAUUUUACACGUCUUCCUUUACCGUACAGCUCCCACCACCAAGUCCGACCUGUUCAUCUUACUGGGCUCCAGCGGGUCAGGCAAGACAGCUCUCUGUGCUAAACUGGAAAAAGGCACCUCCUUAAACCUCGAGCAUCGACCAACACAUACUUCCCAAAUCCCUUCUACGGUUGCGGUCUCACUUCAUCCGGCUGUAAGGAAGGGCUCAGACAAAUACCGUUCUGUCAAUGAUCCAACAUUGGCACAGGCAAAUAAACAGUGCGUGACGUUCUCUCUAAGAGACACUCCCGGACAUGGCAAACUUCGUGAUCUCGAAGUUAUCGCCCAAUUGCUAGAUCCUGCAAAGCAGAAACAAUCCAAGGCCAAAGUUCGUGGCGUGAUCUUCAUGAUCGACGCUGGUACUUUGCUGGACGCAGGACAGCUAGCCGAUAUUGCAAGAUACCUAUACGAUGUUCUUAUCAUACUCCACCGUUUCUCAACAUCUGCUAGAUCACGUACCACCCCCGUUUUAGUAGCAGCAAACAAACAAGACCUAUUUGCUGCAAUCCCACCGGCCAUGGUGAAGGAGAAGCUAGAAGCAGAAAUUGAAGCAGUUCGAGAGACGAGAAGGAAGGGUUUGACCAAUCCUGACGCGGAAAACGAUGAUGAGACCGAUUCUUUUGGCAAUCAACCUUUUACUUUCCAGCUUCUAGAAGACGAAUCUGGCAUCAAAGUUGAUUUCCUGGGAGGAAGCGUCACAACAGAUUAUAGAGACGACGCUACGUCUGGUCUUCGGUCCUGGGAACAGUGGAUGGGCCAAUGUCUAUGA